AUGGCGCCGAAGAAUAGAGUCAUCAUCGACACCGAUCCAGGUGUCGACGACGUCUUGGCGAUGCUGCUGGCUUUGUCUGCAACGCCUGAUGAACUGGAGGUCUUGAUGAUCUCCGUCACCUAUGGAAAUGUUCCUCAACAAAGCUGCUUGCGAAAUGUCGUCUCACUCUUCCACGUACUAGAGAAGGAACUAGACUGGAGACAAUCCAAGGCAAGGGUAGGGGCCUAUGAGACUAUGCGGGCCUUUAAACCCAUCAUCGCCGUUGGUCCGGAGCAUCCUCUCGAUGAUGAGGCGCUAAUGGCAGAUCAUUUUCACACAUGGAAAUCGAUGUUCCGUAACGAUGAAGCUGGGGCAUCGGAACCAGGGUUCACCCCUUCAUCUUACACUCCCUCCAAGACCCCCGCCCAUAAGGAGAUCUUGCGGUUACUGAGAGAAAAUCCCGAAGACACGAUUAGUAUUGCGGUUCUAGGCCCGAUGACCAACGUCGCUCUAGCUGCGGCUGAGGACCCGGAGGCUUUCUUGAGGGUCAAGGAGUUGGUUGUUAUGGGGGGUGCUGUUGAUGUGCCCGGCAACAUCACUCCGUUGGCCGAGUUCAAUUGCUACGCGGAUGCGGUAGCCGCAGCACGAGUAUAUGCGUUGACAUCGCCGAAUCCCAAGACAACAAUGCCCUCAAUUCCAGAGCAGAUCUCGAGUCUUCCGCCGUAUCCGGAAAGACUCUCCCGCAGACUUAAACUCACGCUCUUCCCAUUAGACAUCACCGAGCCUCACCUCCUCAACAAAGACUUCUUUUCCGAAGCCAUCAAGCCUAGUUUGGAAGAGGGUAGCCCGCUGGCGCAAUGGGUCCACCACUUCCUCUCUAGAUCUUUCGAGAAAAUUGAAUCCAUGGUCGGGCCCGGAAUUGAGCCCGGACUUUCCCUUCAUGACCCAAUGACUAUCUGGUAUCUUCUGACCCAGUCAGAUCCGGCCUGGAAGCCCGCGCCCGAGCUAGAAGAUAUCAGGGUUGAAACCUGCGGCCAGUGGUCACGAGGAAAGCACAUCAUCGACCGACGUGGGCGAAAGAAGCCGGGGGAGGCCGCCGACGAAAUUCCCGACGAAAUAGUCCAGCUAGGUGCCGUGAUGUUGGACGACGUCCCUGGCGAUAGUCAAGGGUGGCUCAGCCACAAAAAAGGAAACAGGAUUAAGAGAAUGGUGUCGUCGCCAGGAGAGAGAGUAUUUGAAGGCUACAUCAUGAAGCGAAUCUUUGGCUAA